UUAAUUAAUCUUUUAUGGCUGCGCGUUUUGGCUCUCUCUCUUCGAUUUUCGUUUGACCUUCAACUUGCAAACUCCUCCGAUCCACAGGCAACCUCCGUUGUUAUCCAUAGAUUCUUCAUCUAUCUGUUGUAUCUAACCACGAGGAAAGGAGAGAAACGAAGACGGAGAUUUGACGCUCAAUUUCUGAGACACCAAAGAAAAUUAGCUAAUUCCAGACAGUGGAUGUAUGUAGCACAAAUUUAUGGCUAAACCUGGAGGACGAGAUUCAUAUUCCUCAAUUUCUAAGUUAUCAAAGGAGAAGAACUUCCAGUACGUUGAUGAUUACACUGAUUUUACUUGGACUGUGCCAGAGGCCAAUAAUACGUGCUCCUCAGGCUCAAGGUCCUUGAAGCAUGAAUGCCCAUAUCAAUAUCCCCAUGAAUCUGAGGACAUUUUGGAGGGAGGAUAUAAUUCUGGUGAAGAUCUUUCUAGUUCUGAGCAUCAGCCUCCGGAGGUGAACCUGAAAAAUGUCUUAAGCGGGUUGCUUGCAAUUGUGACUGGCCAAAAUAAAGGUUCAGGUGUCAGUGGAGCUCAGCAAUUCUCCAGUUCUGAUGUUUCAUUUCUUGGCUCUGCUGAGAAUGGAGAAACUUUCUUGCAUGCUUCUGUCUACACACCGAGUGCUCCACCGCUUCUUCAACAUUAUGGAUGUGGUAUUGACUAUAGUGCUUACAAAGAGGUGCUGGAAGCUGAACCCCCAGAAUGGCUUCCAGACAGUUCUACUACAGUUUGCAUGCAAUGCAAUGCUCCCUUCACUGCUCUGACCCGCGGCAGACAUCAUUGUCGGUUUUGUGGAGGGAUAUUUUGUAGGACAUGCUCAAAGGGGAGAUGCUUGAUGCCUGUUAAGUUUAGAGAGAGGAAUCCACAGAGGGUGUGUGAUGCCUGCUAUGAUAGGCUUGAUCCUUUGCAAGGUGUACUAAUCAACAGCACUAGCAAUGCUGUGCAGGUUGCCAAGAAUGAUGUGAUGGAUUGGACAUGCACCAGAGGUUGGCUGAAUCUACCUGUGGGUCUGUCCAUGGAACAUGAAAUAUAUAAAUCUUCAAAUACAUUGAGGAGUUUCUGCCAGGUUGCCAGAUUGAACCCUGAGAGAUCCAUACCCACAACAGUUCUAAAAGAAGCCAAAGGUUUGGCAAUUUUAACAGUGGCUAAAGCUGGAGCAUUAGUUGCUUACAAACUUGGCUCUGGGUUGGUUGUUGCCCGAAGGUCAGAUGGAUCAUGGUCUGCACCAUCUGCAAUUGUUUCUGUUGGUUUAGGAUGGGGUGCUCAGGUUGGGUGUGAGCUAAUGGACUUCAUAAUUGUACUCCAUGAUUCUAAAGCGGUCAAAACAUUUUGUAGCCGGAUGCAUUUUUCUCUUGGGGCUGGUUGUAGUGUUGCAGCUGGACCAGUUGGAAGAGUGCUGGAAGCAGAUCUGCGAGCUGGAGAUAGAGGUUCUGGCAUAUGUUACACUUACAGCUGUAGUAAAGGUGCUUUUGUGGGAGUCUCGCUGGAAGGAAACAUUGUCGCGACGAGAAUGGAUACUAACUUGCGGUUCUAUGGCGAUCCUUAUCUCACCACAUCAGAUAUAAUACUUGGGACAGUGGACAGACCGAGGGCUGCUGAGCCCUUGUAUGCUGCUCUAAAAGACCUUUACUUGAAUCUUCAAUGCUAGUUAGUUCACAUUGACAUUGAACUAGCUUGGAAAAUUACGUAUAUCCUUGCUACCUGUGAAAUGCCUCGGCUGUGUGUCCGUACAACAUGGUUCAAGGAUUGAAACGUGUGGCGUUGACAACAUAUUUUGUUUAUAAGCCUAAACCAUCCCUGGACCCACCAUUUGUGCAUGUUAUGCUUGAUUAUUAUACAGAUUCACCUAGCACUAGCAGACUUGUAUAUCUAGCUGGUGUGUAUGUAGAUGUCACAAUAUCUGUCAAUUUAAUUGUGUAUAUACUGAUUAUGUACUGAUGUGCUUUCAUCCGUUAAGUGACAUUGGUUGGUACCAAUCGUGCACAACCCAA